UGUGCAGAACAGAUUGGACAAAAUGAUCGAACUUUCCUUGACGCCGUGAUCCUUCAACACGCUGACCGCCUGAAUGGAGUGCGACCGUUAGAAAAAGGUUGAGGCCCGCUUCAUUCCACCCGCGAUCGUAAUCGUGGUGGACACCGGGACUGGCUGGCCGGUAGCUGACACCCACUGGUGGUUUUUGAAAUUCGAGAAUUUUUCAUUCAGAAAACGUACGCCAAACUGGCGGCCGUCUUAAGCGGCGGCUGACUCAGCAGACCUGCGGCUGAGAAACCCCAGUGCGAUUGGUGUGGACAGGUUGGUGUUUCUUGUUUUGUUCGGGAUGCGCUCCACUUACGCAAAAUUCUGAGCUCGCAGAUGAUAAUCUUGUGACUCCAGAAGAUCCAAGGGUAGGCUCUCUCGUUCUCUUUUCCUGCUUCUGCUGCUCGACAACAGAAACCACAUGCGCCUCGAUGAAAAACCGGACGCAAGGAUUCACCAUUUUAUAUGGCGGUUCCAGGAACGAUAUGUUUCUGAUUUUAUGAUCGCUCCCUCUCUGUUUUUCCUUUCCAUCAGAGCAAACACAUGCUCGCUGCUCGUGGUCGUGGUGGUAGUGGGGUUUUGCUAAGAUUGCAGUUGCCGCACUUGCAAAACUCGUCAGGACAUCGGGUGCGAUGUUUUAGUUCGUCGGUAGCGCUCGCAGAAGGUGCAAGUGAUUUUCUCAGCACGGACAACUCACCAGUUCUUGGAGAGUAACAAUAAGCGGUUUUGGUGAGAUGAAUGUGACUUGAAGUUCGAGCGUAAAUUAAUGUGAAGUUGUUGUCCAUGUGAAGGAACAGUGUGAAGAUCUACUUGAAGCAAGAAAUAUUAAAAGUUUGGAACUGUGAUUGUGGCGUUUCCUUGGUGAGAGUGUCUAUUUUGCAACGAAUACUAGUGACAAUACAACCAUGACGAUGGACGUCAAGCAAUCGCGUAUGAAUGUGAAGAUAGCCCCACCGAUACCGGACCAGCAGGAUCAACAGCUGCAUCACCACGUGACCACCAAAAUGGUCGACCGGAAACCAACCACCGGCACCAAACGUUCCUUCGAUGUAGCGUUUCUGAUGCUUCCAGACGAGAAACUGUCAGCGGCACGCAAUGGAAAACCUCCCAAAAGACAGCUCCCACCUGCCCCAUCGCCCACCAUCGAUGUCGAGAGUGAUUCGACCCAAUCGGAGGACCUUUCCCUGAAGGGUGGCUUCAGUCCGGUUCGUUCGCCUGAAGUUGAACGUCAUUUCCCGCUGGAAGUGUUGAACGCCACUCGGCAGCGUUCACUAUUGGUCGAUGGUUUGAGUUCCGGACAUCCGACUCCACUCAUCCAUCAUCCACAGCAGCCACACCCGCAACAUCACCACCCGGCAGCCCAUCAACAUCACCUACAGCAUCCCGGUAGUGAGGAACGGCUAGCUUAUCUCUUCAACUCCGGGGCUCGUUUCUACGAGCAUCCUUUCGGUGGAUUCGUUCGAAGUGAUUCCGAUACGCAGCGUAGUGCGUUCCAGAAAGUGUCCAGCAUUAUUCCCACCGGUUCUCCACUGCCACCGCUGAGUCCCGAUCGGCACAGCUGCCCAUCAACGAGCCCUCCGAUAUCGAUUAGUCCUUCCGGAUCGCAAACGGGAUCUGUCGGUGGUGGUGGUUUCCGGACGUACGAGUAUGGACCGUUCCUGUCGCCAAGUCCCGGUAGUCCAUCGGCUCCACCACCAGGUCCGGCACGUUCUACAUCACCCUCGGGAAAACCCUCAGGGCCACCAGGUGGUCCCGCACCGCUUCCAAUGCUCUAUCGUCCAACCGAUCCCAACGAUCCUUCGAUGGCGGGUGCGCCCUAUUUCCCCGGUGUUCCACCCUUCGGUUUACCACCGUUCGCCAGUGCACCUGCUCCAGCAAUCCCGGAAGCGGUGGAUGGUAUCAUCCGCAAUCCUGCUGCAGCAGCAAUCCUCUCCACCCUGCUACCAUCCGCCAUGAGCACCUUUACGCUCUCGGCGCAAAACGUUUGUGCCAAGUGCAACAUAAGCUUCCGGAUGACGAGUGAUCUUGUGUAUCAUAUGCGUUCGCACCACAAAAGUGAGCACGUGCACGAUCAUGCCCGUCGCAAGCGUGAGGACAAGCUGAAGUGUCCGGUGUGCAACGAAAGCUUCCGCGAACGACAUCAUCUAACACGUCACAUGACCGCUCACCAGGACAAGGCGGGUGAUUUGCUGGAGAAGACAACGAGCACGGGAGUGGGCGCAAAGAGUGCACGACUCCAACACCAACACCAACUUCACCAGCAGCAGCAACAGCAGUCGUCGCAACAACAGCAUCUUCAUGUCGCCUCUACUGGUGGUCGGCUGGCGUAACGCGAUCGGGAAACCCGGGCGGGAGGACAUCGAGAUGAACAUCUGUUGCGAUUUUUGACGUACGCACACAAACGCCAAGCGUCCGAUCAAACCCUCGCCGGGUGGUGAUUAAAAUAUGUUUUAAUCAGCUGCGCCCCUUUUAGUGGUCUGACGUGAAGAAAAAAAAACCAGGGGAAAAACUAACCCCGACAGGAGGGUUUUGAAUUGAAGGAACAAGUGCGAAUGUUCGUAGCAUGUGCAGGAAUAAUGGACCAUUGUUCGGUUCUUGCAAGCGUAGCGGAGUGAGUUAUUUUUCUUAUUGCCAAAACGACUAUGUGCAAAAAAUAAUUAUGUUAAAUGGGGCAAAAAUGUCUAUAUAUUAAUUAUUAAAAUGUGAUAUUAAAUGUACUUUCAAAGCGUGAGUUAUGGACAUGGACAUGUAAGAAGAGCAACAGUGUUGAAGUAAAGGUUCGAAAAGAUUUCACGAAAAGGUUAGUAAAUAAUAAAAGGGACGAAUUCUCUCGAUGUAUAGCGAAAAGCAAAGCAAUCCCUGCCUGUAGUAUAAUCAACACACAGACACACACUAGUGCACAACCGUCUCGAGCGUGGAAAUGGUUCUAUUAAAUAAAUGUUGUCUUAUCGUACACCACCGGAA